GAACCAGGGUUCUAGGGAACGUAUGUUUGGAUGGUCAUUGAUGACCAAUCAUGGGUAAGUAGUGAAAGCAAUUCUAGCCACAGUGUUUGACUGACACAAUUGGCAUGAUGUACAGUAUUCACAAACCUUGACUUUUUCCUAAUUUUUUUACAAAGUGGGAUUAAAAUGGAUUAAAAAAAUAAAUAUAUUGUCAACGAUCUAGAUAAGUAUUCAACCCCCUGAGUCAAUACAUGUUAGAAUCACCUUCCUUCCUCUCUGGCAACUGAGUUAGGAAGGAUCCCUACAUCUUUGUAGUGACUGGGUGUAUUGAUACACCACCCAAAGUCUAAUGAAUAACUUCACCAUGCUCACAGGGAUAUUACAUUUCUGUUUAUUUAUUUUAUAUUUACCCAUCUACCAAUAGGUGCCCUUCUUUGUGAGGCAUUGGAAAACCUCCCUGGUCUUUAUGGUUCAAUCUGUGUUUGAGAUUCACUGCUCGACUGAGGGACCUUUCAGAUCAUUGUAUGUGUGGGGUUCAGAUAUGAGGUAGUCAUUCAAAAAUCAUGUUAAACACUGUUAUUGCACACAGACUGAGUCCAUGCAACUUAUUAGGUGACUUGUUAAACACAUUUUUACUCCUGAAAUUAUUUAAGCUUGCCAUAACAGGGUGGUUGAAUACUUAUUGACUCAAGACAUUUUAGCUUUAAUUUUUUUAAUUCCACUUUGACAUUGUGGGGUAUUGUGUGUAGGCCAGUGACACAAAAUCUCAAUUUAAUCCAUUUAAAUUCAGGCUGUAACACAACAAAAUGUGGACAAAGUCAAGGGGUGUGAAUACUUUCUGAAAGCGCGGUAGGUAGAGUAGACCUAUCCUUUGUCUGGCUCACUCCGGUGGCUACCAAGGAUGAAAAGCCAGCCUUUUUACAUACCGAUAGCGCCAUCUAGUGGAUAACCUCGAACCCACAUCAAAUACAAUGCAGUUCCGUUUAUUAUAGGCUUACAAUUGAAACAUAUCAGUAAUAUCAGAAGGAUGCUCUGAUAUUUCCUCAUGAAUGUGGUUUUGAAAAGUCUAUUUGUGUAGCCUACUUCUCAGAGUCACACACAGACCGGGGAAGGGCCUCACUGUUAUUUAUACUCCUCCCUUCCCCCAAUGGUUCUCACAGAACACUGUCUUGCCUGCAGCGUGAAUGGUGGUAGCCAGCUUCGUUCUGUGUCAUGACUUUGAGUUUUGAAAGCGCUUUUACUUUUAAUAAUGCGGCGUUACAUUCGUGCAUUCCUCGUGUGCAUGUUGUUUGCCGUGUUCUCGGCCUUGUACGUGUAUAGUAAACUAUUUUAUUCAGAUCUGUCGGUCGGGGGAGGACUGGGUGGGAAGACUUUCCUCCAUAGAGCCGCGGCCUCUCAGCGAAGCGACAUUGGACAAGAAACCAGGCGAGGGCCGGACGAAACAGGCCCAGGCGAUCAACACUGGUACACUAGGUACAUCAUGAGGAAAGCAGAGGGCCGUGUUAGGACGGCGGCAGCCAUGCACCUGGCUGUAGUGGCCUGCGGACAGAGACUAGAGGAGACUCUCACCAUGCUGAAGUCUGCUGUUAUGCUCAGCAUCAAACCACUGUGCCUACACAUCUUCACUGAAGACCAGCUGCACGCCAGCUUUAUAGAAGCUUUAGAGUCGUGGCCAAGUUCCUUCCGCUGCAGGUUUAACUACACUCUGUACCCCAUCACCUUCCCCCAUGAGAAUGCUGGAGAGUGGAAGAAGCUCUUCAAACCAUGUGCUUCUCAGAGACUCUUCCUACCUCUCAUCCUAAAGGAGGUGGAUUCUCUAGUCUACGUGGACUCGGACAUCUUGUUCCUCCAGCCUGUAGACGCUCUGUGGUCCCUGCUAGCUCACUUCAACGCUACCCAGCUGGCCGCCAUGGCGCCGGAGCACGAGGAGCCACGCAUCGCCUGGUACAGCCGCUUCGCCCGCCACCCCUACUAUGGCAGGACGGGCAUCAACUCUGGAGUCAUGCUCAUGAACAUGACACGUAUCAGGGCCACAUACUUCAAGAAUGACAUGACGUCAGUGGGUCUGAGGUGGGAGGAGCUGCUGAUGCCCCUGCUGCAGAAAUAUAAACUAAACAUGACCUGGGGAGACCAGGACCUGCUCAACAUCAUCUUCCAUCACAACCCUGAGUGUCUGUUGGAAGUCCCCUGCCACUGGAACUACCGUCCAGACCACUGUAUCUACGGCAGUAACUGUGGCUCCGCGGAGGAGGAGGGUAUCUUUAUCCUGCACGGGAACAGGGGAGUGUACCAUGACCUCAAACAGCCUACCUUCAGGGCCGUCUACGACGCCAUACGACAGUACUCAUUUAGGGAGGAUCUUGUGAGCUCUCUGCUGGUCCCACUGGAAGAGGAGCUGUUGAAGACGACCCGUUCAUACUGUGGUAAAUCACAUGUUCUGUUUACUAAGAGACUGGCUCACAGCCUGGCCAACGUCAACAGAGAUGCUCAGCGUCCACAUGGACGGUAGUCUGAUGUCCUGGGCCUCUAGGCUGUCCUAUAGUGUUGUCAUGGUCAGAGAGAUGGUAGCCUGGGUUCUGUUCAUUAGAGCACACUGUAGCAAAACUUUUUGCAAAGGAAAACUAAAAUGGGCGUUUCUUAUUGGACAAGUUGAGCUAGUGCCUACUUUGUUUCAUUUCGUCGUCUUCUGUUUCAUGACUACUUGGCACCUACAGUCUCUACAGCUACAUGGCUGAAGGAAUUUAUUGAUAUAUUUUUAUUUAACUAGGCAAGUCAGUUAAGAACAAAUUCUUAUUUUACAUUGACUGCCUACCCCGGCCAAACCCUCUCCUGACCCGGAUGACGCUGGGCCAGUUGUGGACCACCCUAUGGGACUCCCGAUCACGGGCGGUUGUGAUACAGCUGUAGUGACGCCUCUAGCAUUGAGAUGCAGUGUCUUAGACCGCUGCGCCACUCUGGAGGAAGAGACUAGGAGGAAGAGACUAUAUGGACGUUGGUGACUUCAUAUGCUGGAGAUACAUAGUGUGUGUGAAGAAUGACACCGCUGUCAUCACUACAGAUAUCUUGUUCAGCGUUUCUCUGGUCAGACUCAUCUGUAUAGUAGGCUAUAUGGCAUUUCCAAUGCUGAUGAG